UAAAAAAUUAUUCCGCAUUUUAGUUUGUUCAAUGUAAUUUUGUAAGUUGAUACAACUUGUAUUUUCUGCAUUUGUUCGUUCAACUUAACAUGUUAAGUUUUCACUAUCUCAACUAGUCAGUAAGUUGACUUAACUAGAGUAUGAGUCGCCUCAACUUAAAAACAUAUGCUGAACCAAGCUCUCAUUAUUUAUCGCGAGAUCAUGAGAAGCGCGAAACAGGUCUCGUUCAUCGGCAUUGCUGACAGCUGGAGAGUUCGUUGGCACAUGGCAGAUUUAUCUUCCAUCAACAUCAUCAAAUCUGGUAAGUAAAUAUUCGUUCAUAUUUGUGUAAUGACUUGUAAAAUUACAUCUAUGAAGUAAUCAUCCAUGUAUUUGUUUACAAUUUCAAUGUUUAUUGAUAACAUUCGACCAUUGCUAACCCAGUUUGGCCAGUCAUGUAGCCUAGCUAGUCAGCAAACUAAAGCUAAAAAUCUAGCCAACUAUUACUUCUUUUUUAUUUAUUAAUUUUUUAUUUAACGUAGGCUACAUUAUAUCAUUAAGUUGACAAAAUGUGGUUGCUAACGUUAGACGUUAAUUUCAGGAUAUUUCGAUCCUCUUGUAUUUAUAAUUUAUCACAAUAGACACAGUAAUGUACAAAUAUCUGCAUCUAAUAAUUCUGUGUGUGUGUGUGUGUGUGUGUGUGUGUGUGUGAGAGAGAGAGAGAGAGAGAGAGACUGUGUGCGAGACGGUGUGCUUCUGUGUGUGACAGAGACUGAGCGGGAAAUAAGUGGCAUAAAAAAUACAGCGUUUUCAUGUUCACUCUUCGUGUUCAAGUUCUUGGCGCCUAAAUAAGCGAGUCUAAUCACCAUUUAAGCAAAGCGCGUCGACGCGUGAGUACGAUAACAACGAGCUGACAAAUGUAACGUUAAUAGUGUAAAACUGUGUGAAUGGUGCAGCAGAAUUAUCCGAAUCCUCCGGUGUUCAAGCUGGAUGCUCCAGAACUGAAACGUCGUAGUAUAACCUUAGCUGUCAAGUGUAACUAACGUUAUUUAAAUGUCGAACUAGUUCAAAAGACUGGUCAGUUAUAUUACGUUUACUGUGGGAGAUGAUGUAACUAUAGCAACCGCUUCACCAUCGCUGUGUUUUUCCAAAAAUUAUAGUGGAAUGCUUAAUCAAGCUGUGUCUACACAAAUCGCCAAAUUAUACUGUGCUCUAAAAGCAUGUAACGUUUCUAGUCAAGCUUCGGGAUGUUCGUCAUAACUGCAUCUUUAAUGGACAGCUCUGUUGCUUAGAUAAGUUCAUCUUGUCACUGUUUAAACUGGCCUGUCAAUCAUCUUAUUACAGUUAACAUUAUCUUAAUUGUAGUUUAUCACCAAAUAUCUUGAUAUGUGUUUAUUAUAUAUCUCUUACAAUGAAAUAAGGGUAUGUUCAUAUUGUUCACCCCUACUAUUUAGGAUGACUCGUGAAGUAUAGUAUCAAAUAUAGUAAAGUUUAGUAGCUUAAACCUUUACAGUAACAGUAAUAAAAAAAAAUUAGAUUAGCCUAUACAAUGUAUAUUUUAAAAUGAAUUCCAUGCCGUUUAGCAAAAUCAGUUACAGCUUUUAUUUAUAAAUUCUAAUGUAAAUCUAGCUUACUGCAAGUGUCUCAGACAGCCACCAAUCUAACACAGCAGUACUGCAAGCAGUGUGGGGCAUUUGCCCUUAACCAAUGAAGUGGAGCUGCAAGUUCUGCUAUUUCACGACAACCAAUCAACUCAUUGUGAUAAGGCACUACAAGCUGAAGCACUGCAGUCACGCAAGUAACUAUCCACUUCCCUGCAUCUAUGAAGACUGUGCGUGUUCAUUUAGAACUGAGUUUGCACUAAGAAAACAUUUGGCCAGGGACCAUAAACAAUCUGUCCGGCUCUCUGCUGCAGCCUUUACAUUGAAGUGUGAUCUUUGUGCUUUCUCAGAGACCUGUGGAAUUACUCAAUAUUUCACACACUUAAAGACUCAUCUCAAAAACAGAGAGAGUGUGAAAUGUCCUUUUCAAAACUGCACCUUUCAGUCUAGAGUGUAUAGUACAUUUCAAGCUCAUAAGAGUAAAAAACAUCAGCAGUGUGGAGUAAAUUUUUUUCGUACAGACAUUUAUCAAGCUUGCACUCCAGAUCUUCCAGACUCUGAAAAUACCGAUUUUGAAGACAAUCCAACACAUUUGUAUGAUCUGGACCUCUCAGCAUCUCUGUUAUCUUUACCGUGUGAAGAAAAUGUGCAAGAUUUACUACAUCGAAAACUAGCAUCAUUCUUUCUUCGGUUGCAAACAGUUCUUCAUGUUUCCAAAGCAGCAACCCAGGAAAUUGUAAAUGAACUUGCCAGCAUUUUCGCAGUUGCAGAAGAGUUUACACCAAACAUAAUUGAAGAUGUUUUAAACAAGCACAACUGUGCAAUAAGUGAUACAGUUAUCAGUGCCAUAAAAGAGAUAAUUGUGAAAGCAAAUCCAUUCAGUUCUCUGACAAAGAGUGGCCCUUUAAGCACAGAAUACAAACGGACAAUUUUUUACAAGGAACACUUUCAAGUGAUUCAACCUGUUGAAUAUGUUCUAGAUGCGUCGACUUCAAGAAAGUGUGUUUAUAUUCCUGUUUUGCAAACAUUGUCAGUACUGUUAAACCGUAAUGAUGUUCUAGAUAAACUUUUGCAGACAGAAGACCGGGAAUAUUUUCCAGAAUGGGCCCAGUUUAAAUCAUACAGGGACGGCCUAUAUUGUAAAGAGAAUCAGUUGCUUUCUUCAGAAGAUUUAAGUAUAGCUUUGGGAUUGUAUAUAGAUGAUUUUGAAGUAUGUAAUCCAUUAGGAACAUCUAGAAAGAAACAUAAGAUCUGUGCAGUUUAUUGGGUGCUUUCAAAUUUACCAAUUCGGUAUAGGUCUUCUGUCCAGUCAAUAUACCUGGCAUGCCUUUCCUACAGCAGUGAUGUGAAAAAAUAUGGUUACAGUGCCAUUCUUGAGCCGAUGCUGAAAGACAUAGAAGUACUAGAAAAUCAAGGAAUAUAUGUUCAAAAACUGGGAGAAAAUAUUAAAGGUACUGUACUGUAUGUCUCUGCAGACAAUUUGGGUGCGCACUCACUUGGUGGCUUUCAGGAAAACUUCAAUGUGGAUAAAUUUUGUAGAUUUUGUUUGGCCAGCCGCUCAGAAAUUAACAUUCAUAAAGUAAGCGAUGGUUUGUUUCCACUCAGAACAACCGAAGUUCAUGAAAACAUUCUUCUGGAAUUAAAGGGGACAGAUUUGUUUUCUGUGGAUGGUGUAAAAAGAGACUGUGCACUUAAUAGACUCUCUCAUUUUCACACAAUUCAAGGAUUCCCCCCAGAUUUCAUGCAUGAUGUAUUGGAAGGGGUGGUACCGAAGGAACUGAGUUUAUGCCUUAAAUCCUUCAUUUCAAAACAUUAUUUUUCUUUUGAUGAUCUUAACUCAAUUAUUCAGUCCUUUCCUUUUAAAAGUUCUGAUAAAAUUAACAGACCUCAACAAAUUCCAAAAUCUUUUGCAAUAAAACGCACUAUAGGGGGUAACUGUCAUGAAAACUGGACUUUAUUGCGAUUCUUGCCAUUGAUGAUUGGUGACAAAGUACCAGAGAAUGACAAAACAUGGCAAAUUGUUUUGGAACUAAAAGACAUUGUUGAACUUCUGUCAUGUGGACAUUUCUCUGAAGAGACAUUGCACUACUUGGAGUUUAAAAUCUCAUCUCAUAGGUGCUUGUUAAAAGAAGUCUUCCCUGACUUCAGUCUUUUACCGAAACAUCAUUUUCUCGAACAUUACCCUGAACUUGUUCGUAGAUUUGGACCAUUGGUAGAUUUCUGGACCAUUCGCUUUGAAGCCAAGCACAGCUGUUUUAAAAGAGUGAUUCAUGAUGUUCGGAACUUUAAAAAUAUCUUACUCACUCUGGCUACAAAGCAUCAGCUUACAUUAGCAUACUGUCUAGACCAACCCAGUCUUUUUAAACCAGACUUGGAAGUUGAGCAUGUUGCUUUUGUUUCUGUGGACACUCUGGAGCACUCUAUGAAACGAGCUAUAGAGGACAAAUUUUCAAAUAUCACCACGGUAUCUCUUGCAAGUCAUGCAUCUCUCCAUGGGACUAAGUAUGCAGAAGGAAUGUUCCUGUCAGUGGGACAAACAAGUGGAAUGGCUGACUUCGCCAAGUUGGUUAAGAUUUUGAUAGUGUCCAACAGAGUGUCAUUCAUCAUUGAACCUUACAUUUCAUGGCCCAUUGAGCACUUAAGGUGUUAUGAACUGGAAAAAAGACUUGCCCCUGUACUAAAGGUUGUGGAAUCACAUGAACUAAAUGGACACCACCCCCUCAACCCAUACAUGCGAGAAGGCAAAUUAAUGGUGGUUCCAAAGACCAACCUUCUUUAUUAGGGUUGUAAAGCUUCCACUCCAACUUCAAAAUGCUUCUUCGAGUGAUCGUCUCUGAACGGGACAUUCAAAAAAUUACACUUGACACUGUCCCUGACACAGUCCAUGGUUUCAAAGAGGUGCUGAGAAGCAAACUGCAGCUAAGAGACAGUUUUGAUCUUCAGUAUGAGGAUAAUGAUUUUCAUGAUUUUUGCAACCUUACUUCUGUUACUGAUCUGCCCAAGGACAAGGCGACACUGAAAAUCCUGUUCAGUCCCUCUGAUACAUUUUCAGACUCAAGUUUGGACAUUGCAGUAUUGCCUGUAUCACAAUCUCCAUCAACAUCGACUCAAAUCAGCAGCUAUGUCUCAGAAAUAAAACAGAGUCGUUCACAUCCAUGGCCUGCUGUCUUUACUAUCCCCAACUUCUCAUAUGAUGUUGAGCUGAGACUGAAGCAUGGUAACGAGGCUUACAGUUCAGAUGGAACUCUUCUGACAAUGUCUCGAGACAUGCAGACAGAAAUACUGGAUAAACUUGCUGAAGCAGUGUUCGCUUACAAAGCUUACCCAGAUAAAGAGGAAAUCAAAAAUGUGGCUGUUGCACUCAUUGAAAAACACCCUUGUCUGAAU